AUGCGCAUGCUGCUGAGACUGUUCCUGUACAGGUUUCAUUGUAGCUCUCCCAGUUCUUCAUGGGCUCUCUGGACCUUCUGGCUGGGGCCCUUUCUCACUCUCAGGGCAGCCCCCAUCGGUGAGUCUUCCCAAGACAGCUCUGGUGACCUGAGGCUGGCACUCAGACAGAGUGCGUGCGACGGAGUGGUGCAGGUCCGACGUGAUGGGGAAUGGGGACACUUGUGCAACCAGGAGUGGACGCUGGCAGAGGCCUCUGUAGUCUGCAGGCAACUGGGCUGUGGUGCAGUUGGUGCUCCCAAGUAUGUUCCGCUACCAGGAGAGGUGGCUCGGCCCUGGCUGCACAAUGUGUCCUGCCAGGGCAGUGAGUCCUCCCUCUGGGAGUGCAGCCUGGGCGCUUGGAGUCAGAGCGCAUGCCCCCACGAGUGGGUGGUGGUUGCUCUCUGUGCAAGUGAGUCCGGCUGGGUGAAGGGCCACAGUCCCUGUGCAGGACUCCCUGCGAUCAGUGUGAAUGGGGUGGACCGCCUCUGUGGCUUGCACCUGGAAGAGGCCACAGUGUUCUGCCAGGAGCUGGGGUGUGGCCCUGCACUCCAGGCCCCCCGCCAAGGUGUGGGCAUCAUCAGGAAGUACAUGGUUUGCAGGGGGCAGGAGCCCACCAUCCGCAACUGCAGACUCAACAACAAACUGCGUAGCGGCUGUGACCUCCAGCUGGACGCAGAGGUGGUUGCUCAGGUGAGCUGUCUGCCAUGCUCCCAGGGACACAUGGAGGCCCGGCUGGUGGGCGGCGAGCACCCCUGUGCAGGGCGCCUGGAGGUCCGUCGGGGCCUGAGCUGGGGCACUGUCUGCCACAUGGACCUGGACCUGCCCACAGCCCACGUGGUGUGCCGGGAGCUGCAGUGCGGGUUGGCCGUGUCCCAGUCCAAGGGCGCCCUCUUUGGCCAGGGCUCAGGGCCCGUGUGGACGGAGGCCUCCCGCUGUGCGGGCAACGAGUCCCUGCUCUUCCACUGCCAGAGGGAGCCGGGGCACCAGUGCAACCAUGACCAGGAUGUGGGACUCAGGUGCUCAGAGUUCCGGCUGGUCAAUGGCAGCAGCAGCUGUGAGGGCCGCGUGGAGCUCCAGGUGCAGGGGUCCUGGGCGCCCCUCUGUGCCACCCACUGGGACUUAGAAGAUGCCACCGUCCUCUGCCACCAGCUGAAUUGCGGCAGGGCUGUGGCCACACCCCAAGGAGGCCACUUUGGGGAAGGAGGAGCUCCCCUCUGGCCAGAUGUAUUUCACUGUGUGGGGACAGAGCCCUAUUUGUGGAAUUGCCCAGUGAGCACGCUGGGGGCACCAGGCCUGUGCCCAGGAAAUUCGGCCUCUGCCCUCUGCUCAGGUCUCCUCGACGCCCUGCGUCUGAGCGACGGUCAGAGCCGCUGCGAUGGUCGAGUGGAGAUCGCCCUAGACGGUGCAUGGGGUCGCGUUCUGGACGACGCCUGGGACCUGCGAGGCGCCAGCGUGGUGCGGGCAGCUGGGUGCGGAAGGGCAGAGCGAGCCUACGAUGCGCCCGGCCCCUGUCCGCGGUGCCCUGCGGGUGUGGCUAAGGCGCAGCGCUGCAUGGGCUCCGAGACUCGCCUGACCCAGUGCAAUGUGUCCAAGUUCCAGCUGGUGCCCGCGGGGGCCUCGGACGUGGGCGUCGUGUGCUCUGGGAGCCUGCGGGUGCGGCUGGCCGCUGGGCCAGGGCGCUGUGCCGGGCGCCUGGAGGUGCUGCACGGGGGCGAGUGGGGCACCGUGUGCGACGACUCCUGGGACCUGCAGGACGCGCACGUAGUCUGCAGGCAGCUGGGCUGUGGCCACGCCCUGAGCGCACCAGGGUCCGCCCACUUUGGGGCUGGGGCUGGACCCAUCUGGAUGGACGAGUUGGCCUGCGUGGGCGACGAGUCUGCUCUGUGGCAGUGCCCGUCGGGAGGCUGGGGACAACACGACUGUGGGCACAAGGAGGACGCUGGGGUCUUCUGCUCAGAAUCUGUGGCUCUGAGGCUUCAAGGAGGUCCUGAUGGCUGUGCUGGCUGGCUGGACAUACUCUACAAUGGGACCUGGGGUUCUGUGUGCAGCAAUGCCCUCAAGGACAUCUCCUUGACUAUCAUCUGCCAACAGCUGGGGUGCGGGGAUCUGGGCUGGCUGGAGAACAGGCCAUUCCCAGGGGCAGGUUCCAGCACCUCCUGGGUGGACAAUGUCCAGUGCCGCAGGCUGCACAGUUCCACCCUGUGGCACUGCCCUUCUGCUCCCUGGGACCCACACUCCUGCGCUCUGGGAGAAGAGGCCUGGAUCACCUGUGCAGGACUUUCGCCGACAAGGGCAAGGGCUUCUGGAGAGACCUUCAACUGUUCAUCAGCCCUCAGCUGCCCAGAGGAGGGCGCAGUGCGCCUGCGCGGCGGCGAGGACAGCUGCUCUGGACGCGUGGAGCUCUGGCACGGGGGUUCCUGGGGCACCGUGUGCGACGACUCCUGGGACCUGGCGGACGCCGAGGUCGUGUGCCGCCAGCUGGGCUGCGGACCGGCGGUGGAUGCCUUGCGGGGCGCCGCCUUCGGCCCUGGCUGGGGGCCGGUGUGGCUGGAUGAGGUGGGGUGUCGCGGCAGCGAGGCGUCCUUGUGGGGCUGCCCGGCGGAGCCCUGGGGACGUGGAGACUGCGAGCACAAGGAGGACGCGGGCGUGCGCUGCUCAGGUGUCCCUGGGACCACUGCAUCUGCCCCUUCCCUGGCCCCUCCACCUGCUGCUGAGGCCUGGACCCUGCCCGGGAUCGCCUGCCUGGUUCUUGGCUGUGUCCUGGGCCUCGUCCUCGUGGUGCUGGGUGUCCAGAGGUGCCACAGCAGCGCUGCCUGCAUGGGUUCUGGACUGUCGGGACAGCAGCCCUCGGAGGGCGUGUAUGAGGACAUCGAAGCUGUCCCUGUCGGGGAGAGAGAUGACGCAUCCCCGGAACCCAGGGACCCCGUGCAGGAGAGGACUAUGACGAUGCAGCAGAUCCUCGUCCCUGAAAGCCAGGCUGGAGCAGCGUCCCUGAGUCUCCUGGCGGGCGGGAACCCCUGCGAGGGCCUCGUGCAGGUGCAGUACAGCGGGCAGCAGGGUGCGGUGUGUGGGGACGGCUGGGACAUGCAGGAGUCCACGGUGACGUGCAGACAGCUGGGCUGUGGCCCUGCCUUGUCCACCUCCAAGUAUGUUCUGCGGCCUAACGAGAUGGAGCCGCCCUGGCUGCAUGGCGCCCAGUCAGGCGAGGAGGCCUCCCUGUGGGAAUGCUCCCAGGGGACCUGGGUCCCCCUCAGCGGCUGCAACUGCCAGUGUGUGGUGGUAGUCAUCUGCUCAGGCGGCACUACGCGGCGAGUCCGCCUGCGUGGUGGUGGCAGUCCCUGUGCUGGAAACUUCGAGCUGGUGAACCCAGACAGCUCUGUCCUGAGAUGCAGCCUGCACCAGGAGGAGAGGACUGUGCUGUGCAGACAGCUGCAGUGUGGCGCCGCUUUGCAGUGGUUCAGAGCCCACCCAGGAGGGACCCCUGGGGGCCAGGUGCAGAAGUUCGUGACCUGCCAGGGUUCAGAGCCUGACAUUUUCCAGUGCAACAUCAACCUGAACUUCCUGCAGCAGUGUGACCUUCCUUCCUACACCGAGGUGGUGUGUGCAGGACACAUGGAGGCCCGGCUGGUGGGCGGCGAGCAUCCCUGUGCUGGGCGCCUGGAGGUCCGUCGGGGCCUGAGCUGGGGCACUGUCUGCCACAUGGACCUGGACCUGCCCACAGCCCACGUGGUGUGCCGGGAGCUGCAGUGCGGGUUGGCCGUGUCCACAGUCCAGGGCGCCGUCUUUGGCCAGGGCUCAGGGCCCGUGUGGACGGAGGCCUCCCGCUGUGCGGGCAACGAGUCCCUGCUCUUCCACUGCCAGAGGGAGCCGGGGCACCAGUGCACGCAUGACCAGGAUGUGGGACUCAGGUGCUCAGGGGAAAAGUUCCGGCUGGUCAAUGGCAGCAGCAGCUGUGAGGGCCGCGUGGAGCUCCAGGUGCAGGGGUCCUGGGCGCCCCUCUGUGCCACCCACUGGGACUUAGAAGAUGCCACCGUCCUCUGCCACCAGCUGAAUUGCGGCAGGGCUGUGGCCACACCCCAAGGAGGCCACUUUGGGGAAGGAGGAGCUCCCCUCUGGCCAGAUGUAUUUCACUGUGUGGGGACAGAGCCCUAUUUGUGGAAUUGCCCAGUGAGCACGCUGGGGGCCCAGGCCUGUGCCCCAGGAAAUUCGGCCUCUGCCCUCUGCUCAGGUCUCCUCGACGCCCUGCGUCUGAGCGACGGUCAGAGCCGCUGCGAUGGUCGAGUGGAGAUCGCCCUAGACGGUGCAUGGGGUCGCGUUCUGGACGACGCCUGGGACCUGCGAGGCGCCAGCGUGGUGUGCGGGCAGCUGGGGUGCGGAAGGGCAGAGCGAGCCUACGAUGCGCCCGCCCCUGUCCGCGGUGCCCUGCGGGUGUGGCUAAGCCGCGCGCGCUGCAUGGGCUCCGAGACUCGCCUGACCCAGUGCAAUGUGUCCAAGUUCCAGCUGGUGCCCGCGGGGGCCUUGCGGGACGUGGGCGUCGUGUGCUCUGGGAGCCUGCGGGUGCGGCUGGCCGCUGGGCCAGGGCGCUGUGCCGGGCGCCUGGAGGUGCUGCACGGGGGCGAGUGGGGCACCGUGUGCGACGACUCCUGGGACCUGCAGGACGCGCACGUAGUCUGCAGGCAGCUGGGCUGUGGCCACGCCCUGAGCGCACCAGGGUCCGCCCACUUUGGGGCUGGGGCUGGACCCAUCUGGAUGGACGAGUUGGCCUGCGUGGGCGACGAGUCUGCUCUGUGGCAGUGCCCGUCGGGAGGCUGGGGACAACACGACUGUGGGCACAAGGAGGAUGCUGGGGUCUUCUGCUCAGGGUUCACAGAUCUGAGGCUACAGAACGGCAGCCAGCCAUGUGCUGGGCGCUUGGAAAUUUUCUACAAUGGGACCUGGGGCAGUGUCUGCCAGACCCUGAGCUCUGCCUCCCUUGGGAUCCUGUGCAUGCAGCUGGGCUGUGGGCCCCAGGGGCAACUGCUGACUGAGGCAGGAAGCUGGCGUUCCCCCGCGGCUCGCUGGGUGGCCUCCAUUCAUUGUAGGCACAGGCACGACAGGAUCCUGUGGCAAUGCCCUUCAGCACCCUGGAACCAGAAUUCCUGCUCCAGCGGGGAGGAGGCCUGGGUCCUGUGCGCAGGUGACAGCCGAGGAGAGAAAGCAGAAGUUCCUCAGGAAGGUGAGCAGACCUUCAACUGUUCAUCAGCCCUCAGCUGCCCAGAGGAGGGCGCAGUGCGCCUGCGCGGCGGCGAGGACAGCUGCUCUGGACGCGUGGAGCUCUGGCACGGGGGUUCCUGGGGCACCGUGUGCGACGACUCCUGGGACCUGGCGGACGCCGAGGUCGUGUGCCGCCAGCUGGGCUGCGGACCGGCGGUGGAUGCCUUGCGGGGCGCCGCCUUCGGCCCUGGCUGGGGGCCGGUGUGGCUGGAUGAGGUGGGGUGUCGCGGCAGCGAGGCGUCCUUGUGGGGCUGCCCGGCGGAGCCCUGGGGACGUGGAGACUGCGAGCACAAGGAGGACGCGGGCGUGCGCUGCUCAGCAGGUGUCCCUGGGACCACUGCAUCUGGUAGGUGGCAUCCUGUCCACCCGACCCCAGUCCUCGUGUGCCUAGAGGCCCUGCAGUGGGGCUCAGCUCUGACUGCCCUGGGGACCUUUGGGAGCAGGUGUCUGGUCAGACCCUGUUCAGCCCCUUCCCUGGCCCCUCCACCUGCUGCUGAGGCCUGGACCCUGCCCGGGAUCGCCUGCCUGGUCCUUGGCUGUGUCCUGGGCCUCGUCCUCGUGGUGCUGGGUGUCCAGAGGUGCCACAGCAGCGCUGCCUGCAUGGGUUCUGGACUGUCGGGACAGCAGCCCUCGGAGGGCGUGUAUGAGGACAUCGAAGCUGUCCCUGUCGGGGAGAGAGAUGACGCAUCCCCGGAACCCAGGGACCCCGUGCAGGAGGAGGACUAUGACGAUGCAGCAGAGCCCGAGGAGGGCCACCAGGAGGAGGGGGAGGAGGCUGGGGCCCUGCUGAGCCCCACAGGUGUGCACCUCUGUGCCCUGGGGUCCAUGGUGCUCUUCUUGCUGUACUGCUCCCACGUGCAGGGCUCUGCUCUGGCCAGCACCUACAUUUAAAGGUCCCAAGUGUUGCUUCUGUGUGUCUGGGUCCUCACUGCAUCUCAGGUCGGGGCAUUGGACAGAGUCCUGUCCCUCAAGGCUGCUGCCUAGGCUGGAAUCCUGCAGUGGGCAGGAUGGUGCCCAGCAAGGUCCUGCUUCCCUUUGUUUCCCAAUGGAGCUGUGCCCAGUGUGCUUCCAACACCAGGUCCCUGAAGGCUGAAAGGGAGGCCCUGGGUGGCUGGUGGAGUUGGAGGGUCUCCAUGUUAGAACAAAUCCCACGGCUGCACCCAGCCCGU